AUGUCAUCUGGAAGCACACCCACAGUCAGACUGUUACAUUUUAACGAUGUCUAUCGUCUUGAGCCUUCGGAACACGAUCCAGUUGGCGGUGUCACUCGCUUCCAGAGCCUGUGCAACCAUUACAGACAAGAUCCGCAGUAUCAAGGGCAGCCGGAGCUCAUCACGCUCUUUUCGGGAGACGGAUUCGGCCCGAGCCUGGAGAGCAGUGUGACCAAAGGUUGCGCUCAUAUGGUUCCAAUCUUGAACAAUGUACCAGUUGCUGCUGCUUGCAUCGGGAACCAUGAGCUUGAUAUGGGCGUUCCUCAGUUCGAGUAUCUUGCUGCUCAAUGCAACUUCCCCUGGCUGCUCGCCAAUGUGACGGAUCCAGCACUAGGAGAAGAUGUUCCUCUUGGACACGCACACAAGACCGCCACGCUUACGUCGUCCACUGGAAUCAAGAUCGGACUCAUCGGACUAGCUGAGAAGGAAUGGCUCGAAGCUGUCAACUCUCUGCCGCCUAACCUGAUACAUACCGAUCCUACCGUCACAGCGCGCGAGCUGAUACCGAAGCUCCGAGCUCAAGGUGCUGAGAUGAUUAUCGCACUGUGUCACCAGAGAGAAGCCCAUGACACAAGACUAGCUCAAGAGGUCCCAGAGAUUGACAUCAUCUUAUCUGGUCACGACCACCACUACCGCCAGUCGAAGGUACGCGAGACCCAUAUUUUGUGCUCCGGUAGCGACUACAAACAGCUCAGCUACAUCGAAGCGGUCAGAACAACCAGCGGCACCGUCCGAAGUCAGGAAUCGAACAUGGGCAAUUUUGUUUCAGACCUGAUGCGGUACUACUACGGCACAGACUGCGCAAUGAUUGUUGGAGGUACGAUCCGAGCCGAUGUAGUCUAUCCUCCAGGCAUCUUACGGUUGAAGGACAUCGUUGAUUGCUUUCCAUUCGAAGACCCCGUUGUUGUCAUCAAGCUCAAGGGCCAACAACUACUCGAAGCACUGCGGAACGGCGUAUCCAAGCAUCCGGCUCUGGAUGGUCGUUUCCCGCAGGUAUCCAACAUCAGUUUUACCUUUGAUCCUUCCAGGAACAGUGCCGAUCGAGUUGUCGGAGUACAGGUUGGGGGAACGCCGCUUGAUAUGGAUCGAGAAUACACUCUAGCAACCCGAGACUUCUUGGUCAGAGGUGGAGAUGGCUAUACAUGUCUUCGUACACAAUCACACGGAGGACGGACUGUGUCUGUGGUCGAUGAAGAGAAUGGCAUACUGAUUUCGAUGCUUCUGCGACAACACUUCCUGUCAUCGAUGACUCUUGGACGCUGGAAGCACUGGGGUGCAGCACUUGGACAACACUGGAGUGCAGUGCAAGAGCAUCUUCGACGCGCUGGAUCGGUGGUCGAGCAUACGGAUACCAGGCACACCUUCAGAAGAGACAGCAGCGAUGUGUCAGCCCGGAGAGCCAGUGUCGACGUGUCAGCUGGAAGAAGAAAGAGCAGUACCAUUUGGGACAGACCGCCAGUGAAAAUCAUCGAACCAGCAGAAAUGGAUCUCAGUGCGUCGGAAGACGAGGCCGAGGUGACUGCUCCAGCGCUGGCCAGGGAACCAUCACCUGAAGAGCACGAACUGAUGGUGGCAAGAAAAGCCAUGCGAAAGUGGUGGCGGUUGGCUGGCUUGAACAAACGACAUGCGAUGGGGUAUGAGGCAGGCGAGGAACUGGGAGUGGGUUGGACCAGAGGCAUCUGUCCACAGGUGGAGGGACGCAUCAAGAUGGUUCUGCGUGUGCUUUGA